UCAAGGAAACAAGUGUUCAACCUUGUUUUUGAAGGAGAAAAAUAUGGCGGACAGACCAGAAGAAAACGGGCUUAGCGAUACAGAAGCAAAAGACGGCGAACAGAGGCCGGGAUCCGGAAGAUCAAAGGGCUCAGCUGAUUCCAGAAAGUCUAUUCAAGAUGCAGUUAGCAAAUUGACCGUCAAAGCUCUGAAAGAGUUUCGUUUGAGCGACCCCAGUGAUGUAGAUACUAUUGUGACCGGUGCAGAGAGCGAAGGCCUUGUACCCACGGCUACGUUAACGCAGGAUAUUCCCGCGUUCGAUCCUCAAGGAGCUCCCGGAGCGCAGACGUUGCUUUCCGAAGGUAUCAGUGGAAGUGGCGAGGACGCCAGAGAAGACGAGAUUGAGGGUGAUGACGGUGAAGACAGGGACGAAGAUCUCAGUGAUGAGGAGUCUGGUUCUGAUGGAGAAAGUGACAUGGUGGUUCUUGAUCCAGAUCAUCCUCUCAUGGUCAGAUUCCAAGCUGCUUACAAAUCCCAUUUACUCAGGCAACAAGAGAAGGUUAACUUGGAGCUAAGAGAGCUGACGGAAGAUCUUAAGACCAAAAAGCGUGAGAGAGAGGAGCUUGGUGUCCAGUUGUAUGGAAUCCAACAAGAACUUGCUAGACAGCAAAUGCUUUUGGAAAAAGAACAUGAUAACUACAACUCAGAGAAUGAACUGAGACAACAAUGUGAAAAACUUCUGGAGGAAACUAAACAGUUACAUGACAAGACAUCACAAGAGGUCAACCAUCAAAGAAAACAAGCUAAGGAGCUUAGAACAGAGGUUGAAAACCUGGCAGCUAGGCUGCAUUACAUGGAAGAAGCUAAAGAGGAUGUCAGGGCUGAUAUUGCUGUCAUGAGGAGAGCAGCAGAGAAAGCAGACACUGAAGUUACCAAGGCUGAGACAGAGAAAAAGAAACAGGAUCUCCUUGUAGACAGACUCACACAAACUGUUGAUCGCCUGAGGGAAGAAAUUGACAUGUUUGAGACUCAGUGCGCUGCUCAACUGGAGGAAACCAAAGCUGCCCAAAAGGCACUUUCAGAGGCUACGACAGAAAUAGAGGCCCUUCAACUUGAGAAGAAACAGCUGACUCAGCAGUGGUACAGUAGUUUGAUUGGAAUGAGGCGACGUGAUGAGGCUUAUGCCGCCAUGCAAGAAGCUUUGAGUCUCCAAAGACAAAGAAUUCAGGCCAUAGAAACAGAGAUCGAAGGUUACAGAAAGUCAAUUAGUAAAGCCCAGGAACAAAAUGAGCAGAUCACGCUGAUGCACAACAAGAUUGAAGCCGAUAUCUCCAUGGUGAAGAAACUUAUUGGAGUUAGUAGAAACAAGCAGGAAGUGUUGAAGACUGAGUACAGCAAGUACACGAGGGCACUCCAUGAAACAGAACAACAACUUAGCAGGGCAGAAACUGAGGUCACUCUAAAGGAGAAUGAAAUCACAGCUCUGAGAAAACAGAUUGAGCGAGAGUUCAUGGAGAAAGUUAAACUUGAAGAUAACAUCAUGGAAAAGAUGAGAAGUCAGCUUACAUUGGAUAAGGCUGCAGUUUACACCAAGAAAAUGACUGACAGACUCAGAAGGAGAGCCACUGAACUGGAAAGUUCAGUAGCCGAGGUGGAAAACGAGAUAUCCAGAGACAUUUUGGACAUUUCUAACACCACAACCCGUAUCCGCCAGCUCCAGGACAUUAUGGAGAACCUGAAUGACGAGAUUCACCAGAAGAACGGCACCAUUUCCAAAAUAGAAGGAGAAAUUGUAAAGCGGAACGCCAUCAUCGAAAGAAAACAGAGCACCAUUGACCAGUAUAAUAAGAGAAUUGAUCAAAUGAGAAGCAAAGAUGGGGGAGAGGAGCUUGGACCACUAGAGCUACAGAUCCAUACAUUGCAAAAACAGAUCGAGGCUCGCUUGAAUGAAAUCACCGGAUUACAGCAGUUCUGGCUCAGAAAUCAAAGCGAAUUGGUGAAGACCUUGAAGGAUGUACAAAAGCAGUCUGAAGACAUGGAGUAUCUCAAAAAACAAUACACCAUCUUAUUACAAAAGAAACUGAGGAUCGAAGGUGAAAUCAACUCGCACAAUAGCGAAAUGCAAGAUAUCGAGCGGAACAUCAGGAGCAUGCAGAACGACAUGACCAAAUUAAACACGCUGAUUACUAAGGAGAGUGGUCUGAGAGAAGCCUUACAACAGGGAACUGUUCUGAUGGAGAGCGACUUCAUUCAGGCGCUCAAGGAAGCAGAGGGGGAAUCAAUCAACAUGCAGAAUCAAAUUGACGCGCUGAAGGAGGAGAAGGAAAGACUGCUCAACAGUUUGGUGGAGGCUGAGCGCCAAAUCAUGCUGUGGGAGAAGAAGACACAAUUGGCCCGUGAAGCGAAGAGUGCUGUUGACCUAGAGUACGGCCAAGGAGAGAUAAGAGCCAUGAAAGCUGAGAUACAUAGAAUGCAGGUUCGUUACUCGCAGCUGAUGAGGCAACAAGAGAAGAUGAUACAAGAUAUGGAGAAGUCUGUUGUUCGAAGGGAGGUCAUUAUCACCCGUGGAGAUGCUCAGGCAAAGAUGGGUAAAGUGUCGAACACGAAAGGUUCUUUCCAGAAGAAACUCGCUGAAAUGAAAAAGAAAAUCAAGCAGACGAACCAGGACGCUAAUGCUUGUGACACUGAUAUCCAAGUGUUACGUGAGAAACAGAUGUCUGUGAGCCGCGAUUUGGAGGAAAAACAGACAACAUGCCAACAGCUUCAGACCAGUGCUGACGAACUGGAGGUACAAAUUGACACAUUGUCAGAGGAGAGGCAGAGGGUAAGUUUUUACUCCCACCUUCUCAAACUCAUUAAUAAUUCACCAAGUUAAAACAAAGAAAAUCACAACCAUGAAGGAGGUUUGUA